AUGUACAAUAAGAAGUUUUUUUAAUUAAGAUAGUUAACUAGAAAUCUAGAUGAUUGUUAUCAUAAUGAUUUAGAGACUUAUAAUUAAAUAAUGGGUGUAGUUUUGAAACCAAAUGAAAAAAAACUAGAAAAUGAUCGAUAAAUUUUAAAAGAUUGGGAAAUCUAUAAAUAAAGACGAUUAGAAUAUAUAAUAAAUUAAACUUUAAAAUCUCCAUGUUUUAAGAUAUGUAUUUGUAAUUUUGUAAGAAAUCGAAAAACUUCUAUUGAAUUUUGGAUAAGAGUUGCAUAUGAUGUGUUUUAUGAUGAUUCAUUAGGUAAAGAAAUAAGAAAGAAAUUUUGGAGCAAAAUGAAAGAAUUAAGUUCAACUUUAGAAUCAGAUUUACAAUAAUAAUAAUGGCCUGAAGAAUGGAAAUAUUUAGAAUAUGAAUCUUGUUUAAAUUUACAACUAAUAAAACUAUAUGAAUAAUACAGUGCUAUUCGAUUAUUUAUUGCUUAAAAGGUAAAUUAAUAUACAACAAUUUAAUGUGAUAUUGGUAGAAUGCCAUUAUUAAAAGAAGAGAAAAAAAUAAGAAUAGAUUUUUCUAAAUCAACUUGGUUUCCUCCUAUUGAAAUAAAUGGUCCUGAUUUAUUAGAGUCAAUAUUUAUAUCUGAUAAUUAUUAUUGUGAAUAAAUGGCAAUAUUUACAUUGAAAAUGAAAGAUAUUAUUUUUCCUAUUUUAGAUUUCUUUAAAAAAGAAAAUGAAAAUGGAAAAUCAGUUAAUAUUUAUGGUAAAAAAUAUGAAUUUAUAUUGGAUGUUAUUUAUUCAUUAAAGUCUUGCUGUGGACCAAAAAUCAAUUUUACAUCUGGAUCUUUGAGAAUGAGAAAAAACUUUAAAUGUUAUAAUUCUUAUUUUGUAAAUGAAGCUACUUGUAGUGUAAUGUUAACUACUUUGUAGAAGGAAGAUAUUACAAAAGAUGUAUUGGCAGAUAUUCAUUUAAAUAGUAAUGUUGGAUAUUCUGCAUUUGUUUAGACUGCAUAUGAAUUAUAAGAAAUAGGAUAAAAUGAGAGAAUGAAAAGAUUAAUUCUUAUUUUUAGUAAUGAAAAAUUGAAUUUUAAAGAAGUAAAAAAAAAAGUAAUAUAUUAUUAAUUACCUGAUAAAGAAAUUUAAAAAUUAAUAGAUAGUUUGGAUUAUGAAUUUCUUUAAUAUUAUGCUAACUUAUUAUUUAAUAAAUGCAUGAUAGUUCAAUAAAAUUGUAGUUCUAGAAAACCAUUUUAUUAAAUUAUGAUUUGUAUGUGGACAUAUGUAUUAUGUGUUUACUUCUAAGAUGAAUUACCAACUUUGGUUGAUAAUGAAGUUUUUAAUUAUGUGAACUAGAAACUUUAAUAAGACUUUGAAAUAGAUUUAGGAUUAAGUCCUGAAAGAGAAAAUAAAAUAGGUCGUUAAAUUGAUUAGCCUUAAGUAAUUUAUCAUGAAAUUGGAGAAACAAUAACUGUUGAAAGUGAUAGCAAUUAAGAUGAUGAUUGCAUUAUUAUUGACAAACCCUAAAAAUAUACUAAAUUAUGA